AGCCCUCUACAGAGACGUCAUGCAGGAGAACUAUGAGAAUGUGACCUCGCUGGGGUUUCCAGUUUCCCAACCUGAUGUGAUCUCCCAGCUGGAACAAGGAGAAGAGUCAUGGGUCCGAGACCUCCAGGGUUCAGAGGAAAGAGAGAUCUUGAGAGCUCCCUGCACAGCAGGUGAUGCAAUUCUUUGUGAGAAUGAGCAGAAUUCUCAGCAGGAAGAUGCUGAGCAAGUGGCUAAAUAUGGAGCAUUAUCGCAGAGAUCGAAAAGGAAUGUGUCCAGCAGUCAUGAGCAGGGAAAAUCCUGUGAGAUUCAGCACAGACCAGAGAGAGAACAGGGAAACCAGCCAGGAGAGAAAGUGGGUAAAUAUAUUUAUUCUCAGGGAACUCAGGAGAACCUCAAGGAAACCACAAUCCAGCAGGAAAUCCUCAUGGGAAAGAGAAAAAAUACAUGCACUGAGGGUGGGAAAAACUUAAGUGACUACUCAGCCCUUAUUAAACAUCAGAGAAUCCACACAAGAGAGCGUCCCUAUGAAUGCAGUGAGUGUGGGAAAAACUUCACUCACAAAUCAGGCCUUUUUCAACAUCAGAGAAUCCACACAGGGGAGAGGCCCUAUGAAUGCAGUGAGUGUGGGAAAACCUUCAUUCGGCGCGCACAUCUUAUUACGCAUCAGAGAAUCCACACAGGAGAGAAACCCAAUGAAUGCACUGAAUGUGGGGAAACCUUCAGUCAACGCUCCAGCCUUGUUAGUCAUCAGAGAGUCCACACAGGGGAGAGGCCCUAUGAAUGUAGUGAGUGUGGGAAAACCUUCAGUCAACGCUCAAGCCUUGUUAGUCAUCAGAGAAUCCACACAGGGGAGAGGCCCUAUGAAUGCAGUGAGUGUGGAAAAACCUUCAAUCACAGCUCACACCUUAUUACCCAUCAGAGAAUCCACACGGGAGAGAGGCCCUGUGAAUGCAGUGAGUGUGGGAAAACCUUCAAUUGCAACUCACACCUUAUUACCCAUCAGAGAAUUCACACAGGAGAGAGGCCAUAUGAAUGCUGUGAGUGUGAGAAAACCUUCAAUUGCAGCUCACACCUUAUUACCCAUCAGAGAAUUCACACAGGAGAGAGGCCGUAUGAAUGCAGUGAGUGUGGGAAAACCUUCAAUCGCAGCUCAAACCUUAUUACCCAUCAGAGAAUCCACAUGAGGGAGCGGCCCUAUGAAUGCCGUGAGUGUGGGAAAAGUUUCACUAACAGAGCAGCCCAUCUUAAUCAUCAGAGAAUCCACACAGGGGAGAGGCCCUAUGAAUGCAGUGUGUGUGGGAAAAACUUCACUCAUAGAUCAGGCCUUUUUCAACAUCAGAGAAUCCACACAGGGGAGAGGCCCUAUGAAUGCAGUGAGUGUGGGAAAACCUUCAUUCGGCGCUCACAUCUUAUUACACAUCAGAGAAUCCACACAGGAGAGAAACCCAAUGAAUGCAGUGAGUGUGGUGAAACCUUCAGUCAACGCUCCAGCCUUGUUAGUCAUCAGAGAAUCCACACAGGGGAGAGACCCUAUGAAUGCAGUGAGUGUGGGAAAACCUUCAUUCGGUGCUCACAUCUUAUUACACAUCAGAGAAUGCACACAGGUAGAAACCCUAUGAAUGCAGGGACUGUCGGAAAACCUUUUUUUGGAGCUCAGCCCAUGUUAGGCAUCAGAGAAUCUGCAAGGGAAAUCAACGCCAUAAAAGCCUCUAGGGCUAUCAAGACUUCUUUUUUUCUUUAAUACUUUGGCUGAUUCCCCCAUAGUGACCUUUAAAGCUGUUUGAACUGUUUGCAGCACCGUUAUCCCUCCGCUUGUCCAGAUGGGUGAUCUAUUUUUGCCUUUUGCAGUUCACCCUGUUUCGAGGUAGACCCAUUUGUCCUUUCUAUCAACUCCAUUGGCUCAUGAGUAAUUCGAAUGUGCCCUUCCUACAGGGAACCAGGGAGCAUCACAUUUAUACCAUUCCUCCUAUUGCAGACUUAUUGUUAGUCACCAAUGAUGCAGAUUGUAUCAUUGCUAGUUGUUCUUACGUUGCUCUGGGUUGUGCUGAAGAGCAGUUAUAUUGGGAACUUUUAAAAUUAUAUUUAAAUGAAGAGGAGCAGGGGCAGGAAAAAAGGUGUCAAUUCAGCCUCUGUGACACUGGAAGGAGAUGGUGUGACUCAGAGAUUCCCUCCUUCCCCAUCACUCCAGAACUGUUACCUCCUAUCUGAUCCAUGCAGAGUUUGUCUUCAUCACAUUCUAUCCAUCCACUUCUCAAAGUUUCAUGUGAUGAAGUGUUAUCAGCUGUCUGUGCUUGGAGAUGAUGCUGUGACUUCUUUAAUCCUAUAUCAGAGUCACUAUGACUGGAGAUGAAAGGUCAAAGACCCGGAAGGGGAAUUAAAAUGGAUCCCAAACACAGUGUGAUCAUUUGGAGUUUAAAUCCCAGGUUCCAUCUAUUGGUAAAGCCACUUCUGUCAAGGUCACUGUUUUGUCCCCCAUUAUGGGGAUGCUAGGAUACUAAAAAAUAAAUAAAUAAAUAACAUAACUGACUAUUGAGACAGUGCUGAGUGAAGCAGGUUUGAAUGGAUCAGAGGAGAAUGUGAUGGGAGAAUCUCUUGUCCUGAUUCUGAAUAAUCAGAUGUAACCUACUCUGGAAUUUCACUUGACACUUUCAUUGUCAUGUAUUCUAUCUCUCUGUGAUGUGGGUUUCUAUCUUUCCUGAAGGCUGUUUGGUCACCCAAUUGGAUAUUAAUUCAGUUUGAUAGGAUGUAGCUCAGAUUUAUUGGAGAAUUUAAGACAAAUGACCAUUUGCUAAAGUCAUCAUUUCUCAGCUCAUCAUUUCUUCAACUUUGCGUUUUCCCCAUCCCUCCAUGAUGACAUGGAAAAAGUUCAAGUGUAGUUCUGUCAAUAGGAGAGAACUCUCCAAUUUACUCGACAUACUAACAAAGAAACAGCAGUGAUUUAAAAUCUCAACUCGGAAAUGAUGAACAACAGCAGAAUCCCAACUAACUGAAGGAAGUGCAUAUGAUCACAGUGUAGUUCAGUUGUUGAAGUCAAUCUUGUCACAGAUGAUGUGGGGAGAGAAUUCCACGGUAAGUGAUUUUGAACUAGGCAAAAUGCCCGUGUAUUUGGUUCCCAAAGCAUUUGUAACCCAGGCUCCACAGAAGAUCUCUCCUAGCUAAUCCUAUGCUAUGGGAUGCAGACGUUGAAGAAAUAGAAGUGGAAGUUUUGUUGAAUUUAUCCUUUGUAGGUGCUAAAAAUGUGUAUAAAAUGAAAUCAGUGUUGGAAAUCUAAUAGCUGCAGAAAAAUAGCUAUUUUUGAAUAGAAACUCCAGCUCUGAUAACUAACAGAGAUUCUGAUCCAGGCCUGUAUCCAGUCCCUUGCCUGGACCUGUGCCACCAAAU